AAAGGAGUUAAGCCUAGGAUUAACUCUCCAUUUCGUUUGUAGACUUGCUCUUUUUCUCGAUUUCAGGAGUACAAGGGUAACUCUAACCCGUCAAAUAUACAUUAUAAUUUCUCUUAAGCACCCUAUGAGUCGAACACAUCAAUCCACAAAUUGCAAGCUGACAUUUCUACUAGUACCACUCACAAAGCCAUCCCCAAGAAAACUAAUUUAACAUAUGCAAUUACAUCUACCUGAGUGUGAGGAAAUGCAUUUUUUUUACAGAAAAUUGUGACAAAUGUUAAUCAAUAUGAUUUCUUUUACUUGUGAAACAAAAUGAGUUUAAGCAAAAUGACAAUAUCCGAAACACCUUUAUGUUUGGCUCCUGUUCUAUUCCAUAUUCAUUCAGAAUUUAAGGAUAUGUUUGGAAUCAGAUUAGUGGUAAGAUGUUUUUUCAAAGAGAUAUUUGAACAACUAAGAUGGGACAACCGUAUAAAAGGGAAUAAAUUAUUAUUACGUAAGACAACUUGCUGGCAAUGGAGGCUAGUUCAUGAUUAAACUUGCAAUGUUUAUGCCACGUCCUUCGUUUUGUUUUGUUUUGUUUAGUACGAACAAAUGUUUCUCAUGUGAUUUUGUUUGUUUUAGAAACCAGUUCUCUUACGUGGGUGGUAGAGCUCACACAUAAAUUUCACAAAUCUGAGGUGUAUUAUAGAGUUGUGGAUAUAUAUGUAGUACAUAUCAUUGAAUGAAAACUAAACUACCAAUAACGGGUACCAUACGUUUUCGUAGACAUUGGUUGGACACGAAAUUUCCUUGUAGCAGUACUAAUAAUAUUCAUCGUUUCUAAAACUAAUUUAACCUACGCGGAUUCAAGUACCUUUCAACAACAACCCGUGUGCAUUGACUAAGAGAAGAAUCGUCUACAAAGGCAAAGGAAAGAGUGACAAACAAUCACCAAGAUCAUCUUCAAGUUCAUACACAAUAGUACGAGUAUCAGUUUUCAGUUUCCCAGCUUCAGUUUUUGAAGUAUAAGAAAGAAAGUAAAGUGGUUAGCUAGUGUUGAAUGAUGAAAAGUCCUAACCCUAGCCCUAAACUGGAAGAGGAAAAGAGCCUUGAAGAAGAGCUGUUGAUACCGAUUUUAAUGGGAGAGCAAGUGAUAAAAUUAGCAGAAGAAGCAAAAUCAUCAAAAGUUGAAUGUCGCGAACUAGCAAAGAAGGUGGAGAUACUCUGCAAAAAUCUUCGAGGUGUUGUGCGAGUGGUGACAGGGAGCCAUCAAUCGUUAAACGAUAGACCAAUCCGACGCAUGGUGAGAGAAUUAUCAAAGAAUCUAGAAAAAACGCUUGCACUUGUGCGGAGGUGCAAAAGUCAAGGUGUCAAUGUCCUGAGGAAUGUGUUAACCAUGAGUAGUACUGGUGAUUUUCGAAAAGUUUGGAAUCUUCUAGAAUCUUCUAACGGUGAUAUGAUGUGGUUGUUGAGCAUAUUUGAGUCUAAAGGGACUAAUCUUUCGAUAUCUCCAAUUGCAAGUAAUGAUCCAAUCUUGGCUUGGGUGUGGACUUCAAUUUAUACCCUUCAGCUUGGUAACCCUAAGGAUCGUGUUGAAGCCGCUAAUGAAUUGGGUUCUCUUGCUAAAGAUAAUGAUCGGAACAAGUUCAUCAUUGUGGAAGAAGGUGGUGUUUUGCCUCUACUGAAGGUUCUUAAGGAUUCUGCUUUCCCUGAUUCUCAAGUUGCAGCUGCUAAUGCUCUCACCAGCAUUAUUUCUGGUGAUCAUGAUCAACAAAGGUUCGUUCAAUUCCUUCUCAGCAACCUCGCGGUUCCUGUUAUUGUUCAGGUUCUAUCGGAUGCAGUAUUCAGAGUCCGUGUUUCGGUUGCUAAUUUGGUAUCUGCUAUGGCUGAUCAAGAGCCUCUUGCUCGUGAGGAGUUUAUAAGGGCUAAUGUGACCAAACCACUUGUGUUGUUUAUGUCUUUGGAUACUGUUCUUAACAAACCUAUCGCUGCUCGAAGUGGACUUCAUUCGGUGGUUCAAAAUUUGUCUGAGGUUGAUUCUGAUGGAAGCAACUGCAGAGGAAGAGAAGCUGAUCAGAGCCCUGAGUUGAGGAAUGAUGUUAAAGUCAGUUGUGCUAAGGCUCUUUGGAAACUCUCCAAAGGGUGUCUUUUAGCUUGUAAGAGGAUUACUGAAACUAAAGGCUUGAUUUGUCUGGCUAAGAUGAUUGAAUCUGAGAGUGGAGAAUUGAGGCUCAAUUGUCUCAUGGCUGUUAUGGAAAUUACGGCUGUGGCAGAGUCCAAUGCUGAUCUUAGAAGAGGUGCUUUCAAGCCUACAGCACCGGUUGCAAAGGCUGUUUUGGAUCAGCUUUUUAAGGUGGUUCGAGAAGAGCGCGAUUCAACAUUGCUGAUUCCUGCUAUUAAGUCAAUUGGGUCAUUGGCCAGAAACUUUCCUGGUAAGGUUCCUCAUGUUCUUGGUCCUUUAGUUGCACACCUUGGAAACAAGGAUAUAAAUGUGGCUAGUGAAGUUAUUGUUGCCUUGAUAAAAUUUGUGUGCACCGACAAUUAUAACCGUGUCGACCAUUCUAAGGCAAUACUUGAGCUUGAUGGAAUUCCUAAGCUAAUGAGUCUGCUGAAGAUAAAGGAUGGUCAUCAAGUGUAUGGCCUAAAAUUACUUUGUUAUCUUGCCUUAAAUGUUGGCAAUAGUAAGGUUCUUGAGCAAGAACGUGUAUUGAGUACUAUAGAGAAACUUGCUCGUCCGGUUCUAGCUCAAAAUCCUGAUUUGAAGGAACUGUUUGCAAACGCUAUACACCACCUAUCGCUUUAUCAGUCGGGUGUUCAAUUGCACAGACAUCCUUUGGGAUUGGGGCUAUAAGAAGUCUCACUGAUUUAGUUAAUCAAAACAAUGGUCCUUGUAAUUAGUGUUUCAAAUGGAAAAGUAAGCAAGGGUGUAUUGCAAUUACAAAAUGAUUGAACAUCGACUGUUUUUUUGAUAUGGACUGACUGAUAAAUGGUAAUCCAAAGGUGAUCAAUGUAUAUUUGUAUUCCUUUUAAAGCAAAAUUAUACUCUUAUAUGUUUCUACAGA